UCUCCCCGCCAUCCUCUCCUGGAGAGGGUCGAAUGGUGAUGACGUGAUUGCAGGGAGGGGUUGCGCCAUUUUGAAUGUGGACAGGACUGUGGGAGGAUUGCCUCGGGAGGGAGUGUGAAUGAGUUUGAGAGGCAGCCAGAGAGGAAAGAGAGAGUGAAAUAGGCAAGAAAACCCAAGCGUUUCAGCUCCACAAUCCCGGCUCAUCUUUCAGAAGGAACAGGUCUCGCAAACCUGCAACCGGCAAAACGAACCAAGACCGGGGUCCGACAUCGAGACUGAGAUUCCCUGUCUCGCCAUGGCAGGAGCCGGAGGCGGGGGCAAUGACGUGCAGUGGUGCUUCUCCCAGGUGAAAGGAGCCAUCGAUGACGACGUAGCUGAAGCCGACAUCAUCUCCACUGUGGAGUUCAACCACUCAGGGGAGCUUCUUGCCACGGGAGACAAAGGAGGCCGAGUGGUCAUCUUCCAGCAGGACAUAGAGAAGAGUCAGCCUCAGUGCCGUAGUGAGUACAAUGUUUACAGCACCUUCCAGAGCCAUGAGCCUGAGUUUGAUUACCUGAAGAGCCUGGAGAUCGAGGAGAAGAUCAACAAGAUCCGCUGGCUGCCUCAGAAGAAUGCCGCCCAGUUCCUGCUGUCCACUAAUGAUAAAACCAUUAAGCUGUGGAAGAUCAGUGAACGGGACAAGAGACCUGAGGGAUACAACCUGAAGGAGGAGGAUGGACGCUACAGAGACAACAGUACAAUCACAACACUACGGGUACCAGUGUUCCGGCCCAUGGACCUGAUGGUGGAGGCCAGUCCACGCAGGAUCUUUGCCAACGCACACACCUACCACAUCAACUCCAUCUCCGUCAACAGCGACAACGAGACCUACCUGUCCGCCGACGACCUCCGCAUCAACCUUUGGCACUUAGAGAUUACUGACCGAAGCUUCAACGUUGUGGACAUAAAGCCGGCCAACAUGGAGGAGCUGACGGAGGUGAUCACUGCGGCGGAGUUCCACCCCCACCAGUGCAACACCUUCGUCUACAGCAGCAGCAAAGGCACCAUCCGCCUGUGUGACAUGCGCGCCUCGGCACUCUGCGAUAAGCACUCUAAACUGUUUGAGGAGCCCGAGGAUCCGAGUAACAGGUCAUUCUUCUCCGAGAUCAUCUCUUCCAUCUCGGACGUCAAGUUCAGCCACAGCGGCCGCUACAUGAUGACACGGGACUACCUGUCCGUCAAGAUCUGGGACCUCAACAUGGAGAACAGGCCAGUGGAGACUUAUCAGGUGCAUGAGUACCUGAGGAGUAAGCUGUGCUCACUGUAUGAGAACGACUGCAUCUUUGAUAAGUUUGAGUGCUGCUGGAACGGGAACGACAGUGUGGUGAUGACGGGCUCCUACAACAACUUCUUCCGCAUGCUGGAGCGCACGCAGCGGCACGACGUCACCCUGGAGGCGUCGCGCGAGUGCAGCAAGCCGCGUCAGGUGCUGAAGCCGCGCCGCGUGUGCGCCGGCGGCAAGCGCAAGAAGGACGAGAUCAGCGUGGACAGCCUGGACUUCAACAAGAAGAUCCUACACACCGCCUGGCACCCGCAGGAGAACGUCAUCGCCGUGGCCACCACCAACAACCUCUACAUCUUCCAGGAGAAAGUGAACUAAGCCAGCGCCGCCGCCCGCCACA